CAGCGAUUCCAUAAAAGGGAAAAAAAUAAAAGUUACUAAUAAAUACGGAGUUAGCCUCUCUCUCUCUCUCUCUCUCUCGUGUCGAAUCGAAUUGGGCGUUAGGGUUUCUUCAUCAAUCAAUCUCUUGGGAGACGACGAAGAUGGUGUGCGAUAAGUGCGAGAAGAAGUUAUCAAAGGUGAUAGUUCCAGAUAAGUGGAAGGACGGUGCUCGUAAUGUUACCGAAGGCGGCGGCCGCAAGAUCAACGAGAACAAACUUCUCUCCAAGAAGAACAGAUGGACGCCUUACGGUACUGCUACCACCAAGUGCACGAUCUGCAAGCAGCAAGUGCAUCAAGAUGGUAAAUAUUGUCACACUUGUGCCUAUAGCAAAGGAGUGUGUGCCAUGUGCGGGAAGCAAGUGUUGGACACCAAGAUGUAUAAGCAGAGCAAUGUUUGACCAUAUCUACUAGUUUACACCCUUGCUAGCACAACCAGGGGAGACUUAUCCGAGCUCUUUGAACAAUCUCUGUCAUGUGUUGAUUCUCUGUACCUCUCCCUUUUGUUUCUAGUAAUAACAAACAAAAGCUUCCCCUCUUUUAUGUGAUCAUGAUUGUUCUAUUCUCUCGAAUUAUUAAUCAUGUCGUUUCUCUGUGUUCA